UGAUAGUUUGAUAGAGAGGAGGAAGACGAUGGGCGGAGCAGGAACACCAGAUUUUUUCUACAGGGAAGCUCAGCGCCUGGGUUAUGUUGCUCGCUCUGCCUUCAAGUUGUUACAGAUGCAGAAGCAGUAUAAACUGAUAACCCCUGGUUCCUCUAUUCUUGAUCUAGGUUGUGCUCCUGGUGCCUGGCUUCAGGUGGCAUGCCAGAGUUUGGGUCCAUUGAAAAAUAAUGGAGCUGUUGUUGGAAUUGAUCUCAAGAAGGUAAAGGUGCCAGCUAUGCACUGUGAUUCGAGGGUUCAAACUGUUUGUGCUGAUGUUAUGAAACUACAGAGGGACCAGAUUAGGGAUCUUUCACCUCAGCAAAAGGGGUUCUCCGUCGUACUAUCUGACAUGUGUCCCCUAGUUUCUGGAAUAACAACAAGAGAUGCAGUUCUGUCUGCUGAACUGGGACUCCGUGCACUCAACCUAGCCGUUGGAGGGGGCGCUUUGCCUCAUUCCGACGAUAAUGUUCAGCUGGAUGGCCAAUCAGAUGACUCGGUUUCUGCUCUGGGUAACAAUGGUGCAUUGCAACCCGGGGGCCAUCUUGUCAUAAAGCUAUUGGAAAGUGAAGAGAUCAAGGAAAUUGGUCAGACCUGCAAAUCUCUGUUCAGAAAGACAUCAUGGCUGAGGCCAAAAGCAACAAGGUCGUGUUCAAGAGAGAUUUAUUUGAUUUGCCAAGGUUUGCGCCACUAAUGAAAAGCUGCUAUAAGUCUUACUCAAGUAACCUCAGCAAAUGUUUUGCAUUUAAUUAAAGAGGGGAGGAGAGAGAAAAUUCGAGAUCCUCUUGCAAGGGGUGGAUUUAUUUUGCGUUCUGCGGCAUAAAGAAAGAGGAAGUGGACCCGCAAUGCUGCGUGUUUCGCGCACAAUGGUGCCAAAGCCUUGUUUUUCUUUUGCAUCAGACUCCUGUGUUUUUUCUUCUCUUUCCCUCCUCUCUCCUUUACUUGACACCUCAAAAACCUCACUAUUGAGGUUACUCUAAAGUAUUCAAAAUGACAAUUAUUUAUAUUCAUUAACUGUUCUUGAA